AUGAGGUUGCAUGGCUUCGGCAUCCUCUUUUACGGCGACUCCAUCAUCGAGUCGCUGCGCGGCACCGACCGGUGCAAGCCCUGCGACAAGGAGCAGCGGCGGUCGAGCUGCGCGGGCGUGGCGCAGCUGUUCCAGCGCCUGUUUGGCCGCUACCGCCCCGGGGUGAUGGGCAUGGGGAUGGACGAGACGGGGCACCUGCUCUGGCGCCUACAGCAUGGCGAGAUACCCGCCAGGAAGAAGGCGAGGCCUGGCGGGGGGCGCUGGAGGCCCAGGGUGGUGGUGCUGCUGAUUGGCACCAACGACCUCACCAACUCCGGCUGGAGCGCCACCGUGCAGAGUGCCAAGGAAAAGGCCCUGGCCAAGCAGGAGCCCGGCAUUGUGGCCAGGAUCUUGGAUGCGGUGGGACUGAUGCGUCGCAAGAUGCCGGGCACGCGGGUGGUCCUGCUGGGUAUCCUGCCACGUGGCACCGGUACUGGCAGGGGCCUGCUGAAUGCAGAAAACGACUUCAGCUGGCCCUCACACUACACCAAGUCCAUUGCCCGCAUCAACGCCAAGCUCAAGGCAUUCGCCAAGAGGUCGAAGGGCAAGGUGGUGUUCCUCGACUGCGGCCGCCUGUUCAUCCGGGGGCGCUCCAUUGAUGCCGGCCUGAUGGCAGAUGCCAUCCACCCCACCGCCGCGGGCUGGGGCAAGCUGGCCGCGUGCAUGCUGCCCACAAUCAGGAGGCUGGCGUGA